AUGGAUGACGAAAAGAGGCCUGGGCUGGCAUGUUUGCUGGAAACUCUGCCUGCAGUUGAGUUUGGAUGCAUAUAUGGCUCAUCCCUCCAUCCAAACAAUUCCGACAAGACAUCUAUGGUAGAUUACAUUCUUGGUGUAGCUGAUCCUGAGCAAUGGCAUGCUGAGAAUCUGAAAAUGAACCGGAAUCAUUACGCAUCGUGGAUUAUUCAGCUUGGCGGAGCAAGGCUGAUUACUGGUGUGGCAGAAAAUAUUGGUGUCGGAGUACAUUUCAAUCCGUUUGUUUCGCACCAGAAUCAGAUGUUCAAGUAUGGUGUUGUUCGGGCGCGUGAUCUUGUUCAGGACAUUCUGGAAUGGGAAAGGUUUUACCUUAGUGGUCGUUUGCAAAAGCCUGUGAAUGUAGUAGUGGAUAGUUUAGAGAUAGAAAAACUCAACUCUGUAAAUCUGAAAGCCGUAACUUCUGCUGCUCUCCUCAUUAUGCCGUCAAAUUUCAGUGAGGAAGAGCUGUAUGCCAAAAUAUGUAGCCUCUCAUAUAUGGGUGACUUGAGAAUGCUUUUUGCAGAGGAUAAAAACAAGGUGAAAAAGAUUGUGCAAGGGCAAUUUCACUUAUUCCAAAGAAUGUAUACUCCACUUCUUGAAGAACUCGCGGCACGUGAUUUCUUAAGAAUAUCAUCUUCUGCUGAUAAAAAACUAAACAUAAUUCAGGACUGCGGGUUGUCUACCACUUGCUCCCUUGUGUCUCACCUUCCUUCAACCGUGAGAAGCAAGAUGAGGAUUAAGCUUGGUGAGGGAAAAACAAUGGAUGAAUCUGGUCGUGCCGUACAGAAAGUUCUAAUUAGGUCAAAGGAAGAGGCCGCAUAUUGCGUGCAUAAGAUUCUAAGGCAGAAAGUCAUGGUUUCUAGUGCAAGACAGGCUGUUGCCGGUCUAGUAACUUCUGGAGCAGUUCACGGGCUUAAAUACCUUGCUAGCCGGCCGAGUCCCAAAUAUACUUCCUGGGAGGUCGUCACACCACGUCCGAGCAUCGUCUGGUUCAUCAAAAGUGAUGUCCUAUCAACCAUGACCGUCUCGUGCAUCCUCGGGUCGAGUUCCCCAAGGACACCGACGAGCUGCUCUCUGCGAGGGCACGCUCUCGGCCUAUCCACUCCAUUCGGAGGCACCCUCAACUCUCAAGGAUACCCAGUAAAUCAUCCUCUUGCGGAACUUAGAGGACCCUCAUGUACAGUUGACGCGAACACCCCCAAGGACCACUUCCUUAGGAUACCGAUUGCCGAGCUAUAG